AUGGCUGCGCCCGCGGGACCCAGCGGGUCGUCAGCCUCUGAUGCGUCCGGGUUCGGAGGUCUCCCGUUCGCAGUGAGCGCCGGACCACCGGGGGACACCUCCGGUACCGAGCAGCAGCAGAGCGGGCAGGGGCCGAAGAAGCCGUGCCGGGCGUGUACGGACUUUAGGUCGUGGAUGAAGGUCCAGAAGAGACAGGCGACAGCUGCUGCCGCACAGGAGUCUGGCGCUGCAGAGUCAGAGCCACAGCCGGAGCCACAGUGUCCUCUGGACAGAGAAGAGCUGGGCAGGAACACGUGGUCCUUCCUCCACACCAUGGCCGCGUACUACCCCGAGCAGCCAUCCAGCACCCAGCAGCAGGACAUGGGGCAGUUUAUGAACCUCUUCUCCAAGUUCUUCCCCUGUGAGGAAUGUGCAGAAGACCUCAGAGGCAGAUUAAAGACCAACGGACCGGACACCAGCAGCCGCCGCGCUCUCUCCCAGUGGCUCUGUCGCCUCCACAACGACAUCAACAUCCGACUGGGCAAGCCUGCGUUCGACUGCUCCCGUGUGGAUGAGAGGUGGAAAGAUGGAUGGAAAGACGGUUCCUGCGACUGAGUCGUGGUGUCGAGAUGAGGGCUAAGAUGAACUGUUUGUGCAGAGGUGGAGCUCAUGUGUGUUGUAGACGAAGUGUGUUUUUACGUCCUGCUUUGUUGUUAGUUUCUAUCACUAAUCUGAUUAAUAAAUGAUCUGAUUAAUAAAUACGAAAUGAAAAUGGUACUGUAAAUGAUAUAAGGUUAAUAUAAUUUAAAAUCCUAUACAAAUGCAUGUACAGUAUAUGAAAUAGCAUAUCAAACGUGCUUACUUGUAAUGAUGAACCUCAUGUAAUUGUUAUUUGUGUGAUGUGGUGCUCUUUGACACAACCCCUCACUUUGUGAUAUUCCACCACCAGCUCCUUAGUUUUACCAGCUGGAGAUGAUUAAAGGGAAUUAUUUAAACUUCA